GAGCUCAAUUAUUCAUAAAUCUCAGCCGGAGUCUUUGUUCUUCUUUCAUCACUACGCGUGCACGUAAUUCAACUCGAUACUCAAUGGCUGAGAAGAAAGAUUUAAAGUCGCUCUGGGGAGGCCGAUUUACCGGCGGAAUGGAUCCGUUGAUGCAGCUGUACAAUGCCUCGUUCCCGUACGAUAAAAUCAUGUACGCAGCCGAUUUGCAAGGAACGCGGGUGUACACCUCCGGCCUGCGCAAGCUCGGCCUGCUCACCGACGACGAGCUGUCCGAGAUCCACCGCGGGCUCGACCUCAUCCUGCAAGAAUGGGAAGCCGGCAAAUUUGAAGAAAAACCCGACGACGAGGACAUCCACACCGCGAACGAGCGCCGGCUCGGCGAGCUUAUCGGGCGCGGGAUCGCGGGAAAAGUGCACACGGGCCGAAGCCGGAACGACCAGGUCGCGACCGACAUGCGGAUCUACGUGCGCGAGCAGUUGACGGAACUCAAGAAAUUGCUCAAGGAGCUUCUCUCCGUCUUUGUUUCGCGCGCCGAGGUCGAGAUCGGCGUGCUGAUGCCGGGGUACACGCAUCUUCAGCGCGCGCAGCCGAUUAGAUGGGCGCACUGGUUGCUUUCGUAUGCGACGUACAUCAGCGCGGACUUGCAGCGCCUCGAGCAGAUCAUCGAGCGCGUGAAUCUGUCGCCGCUCGGCUGUGGUGCGCUGGCGGGACACCCAUACGGGAUCGAUAGAGAUUUCCUGGCCGAGGGUCUCGGCUUUGGCGGUCUUGUGCCCAACUCGCUGACCGCUGUCUCGGACCGCGACUUUGUUGUCGAGACUUUGUUCUGGAGCACUUUGUUUAUGAACCACAUCUCGCGGUUCUCGGAGGACAUGAUCAUCUACUCGACCGCCGAGUUCGGCUUCAUCAACCUCGCGGACGCGUACUCGACCGGCAGCAGUCUCAUGCCCCAGAAGAAGAACCCGGACUCGCUCGAACUCCUGCGCGGCAAAGCCGGCCGCGUCUUUGGCGGCCUCUCGGGCUUCCUCAUGACGCUCAAGUCCCUUCCCUCGACCUACGACAAGGACCUGCAGGAGGACAAAGAACCCCUUUUCGACGCCCUCACCACCGUCUCGCACUCGAUCCAGAUCGCGACCGGCGUGCUCUCCACCCUCACCGUGAACGAGGACAAGAUGCUCGCCGCGCUCACGCCAGACAUGCUCGCCACCGACCUCGCAGACUACCUCGUCCGCAAGGGCGUUCCCUUCCGCGAGACCCACCAUAUCUCGGGCGCGGUCGUCAGACUUGCCGAGGUCGAGAAAGUGGGUGGAAUCGACAAGCUCAGCCUCGAGCAGCUGCAGAGCGUCGACGCUAGAUUCGGCGAGGACGUCGUCGCUGAGGUGUUUGAUUACGAGAAGAGCGUCGAGCGACGAAGCGCGAUCGGUGGAACGUCCAAGAGUGCGGUGCUUGACCAGAUUGCGCGUCUCAAGAAGUUGUUGUAAUCUUCUUUUCUAUUUCUGAUUCUCGUUGUACAGCUUUGAAAACUAGAAAAGCUAUGUAGAUGCAGUAUACAUAAGACAAAUGCUUUUAUUGUUCAGUCGCGCUACCUCGGUAAAUCGUAACAAAAAUACGCUCUAUACAUAAAACACAAAACAAAAGACUAGUCAAACAACUAAAGAA